GAUAUCCGCUCUAAUUUGAAAGCCAGGACUGUUAUAGUUAGGAGUAAUGUAUACAUACUUCAUUACCAGGUACAGCAGUAAUAAAACAGCUGUAAUUGUUCUGUAAGAAUGAAGCGUGUUACAUCACCAAAAGCAAGCUCUUCUAAGAGACCAAGGAAGAGUCAAGACUCACAAAAGGCCCCAACAAUUGACUCUGUCCAUGAAGCACUGGACUGUUUGGAGUCAGCCACCAAAACACGAAGUUUACCUGUUCAGUUGAGUGUGGAUUUAAUAGAGAGAACGGCAAGAAGUGAAGGCCUACCUGGUGAUAUUUUAAUUACAUUAGUUGAUAUUAUUGGAAGAAGGAAGUUGUCUGAAGCAGUAUGUCGUCGAUUGAUCAGGAGUUUACUUCCAUUCGAUAUAAUACCUAUUAUUGCAGUCUUGAAAACUAUUUCAUGGAUGGGUGUUGGAAACACGUCCAUUGCACUCCAGGCAGAGCUGAUGAGGUGGAUAGUUGCAGUGUAUGAUCACAUAGACCAGAAAGAAGACCUACAUUCCAUUUAUGGCAUAAUUUUUCAUUAUCUCGAAUGUGAUAUUGUGAGCCCUUUUGCAUGCCAUCUUCUCUACCUGUUGACUCGGAAAGAGGAUGUUCUGCCUUUUAGAAUUCGACGUGUUAUAACAUUGCAGAGUAAAGUGGGAGCACAGCCAUACUUAACAGGACUUCUAACACUGUACAAGACUUAUAGACCUGAUCUUGUGGUCAUUCAACCAAAACAGAAACAAAAGUUUUUCCGUUCUCUUGGGGGAUGGGAUUCCUUGAUUAAAGAAGUAAAGAGUCGGACCCUUCAUAUUUUAGCCCCAAGUGUACCAGAAAUACAAUAUACUAUGGCACAUCAGGAGGAGGAUCUUGUAAGGCCAGAGAUUCAGUAUCAGCCAGUUCUCGGAAAAAAUGGGAUUAAAACAUUUCAAGAACUGCAAAGUUUGUUGGAGAACUUGAAGCCACCCAAUGGAAUACUGUCCGUUCUUCGCUCCCCAGCUCGUCGAAUAAUUCUCACCAGUUGCACUGACCGAACCCUACUAGUACGAAUGAAGUUUCUCUUGAGAGUGUUACUGUUUGAUGAACCAUUUCACUUUGCUGAGGGUAAAAAACGGCGAGGAAAACAUAUCCUGAGAACACUUACAGAUAUUACUGAAGAAUUACAGGAAGGGAUACCAGAAGUUGAAAGCUUUUUGAUGCACUAUCUACAAGUUUGGAAUGGGCUUCAGUGGAGGUCUUCUGUUUUAACGUUGAUCAGUCGCUGGCCUCUACGGCCAUUUGUGGAGCUUAAGGAAUUUGUUUUAAAGCCAGUUCAUAAAUUAUUGUGUUCUUCAUCACUGGAAUUUCAGUGUUCCAUCUUGGAAUGUCUUACUCAACUGUGUAAAAACUGGGCUGUGGUGGAGCUUCCCCGUUACAAACAAGCCAAAAUGAGGCAGGAAACUAACGUGGAUGAAUAUGUCCCGGUGAUAUCAUCUGUGUUUGAUCAGGAAGUAGAGGAAUUAGAUGAAGAAGAGUGUUUAAUGGAGCUAGCAGCUUACAUUGGACACAUUUGUGUCACUGCUUUGAUGCUGAAUCCCACCAGUCCACCAUUGCUAAUGUAUCAUAUCUUGCGAUUCUAUCACAUGACAGUUGACCUUUAUUAUACCCAUGAUACUACACUCCUGGCUCUACCUGCUGCACCUGUUGUGUAUUCUUCUCUGUUUUCUAACAAUGUCUUUUGUUUGUCAGAAAUGUGCCGUUUGAUUACAAGGUACAGAGGGAUGAUUCAAUCUCUGAAGCAAAGGACAGGUGUUCAACUCCAGAGGCAUAUUGAUGAAUUGAAUGGUUAUAUUCUUGACAUCAGCAACACCAUCUGGCGCAACAAAGCCUUUAAGCCAGAGAGUGAGUCUGUGCUGUUUAAGGUUCCUAUUCCAGCAUCUAUAUCUCACUCUAUAGAUAAUCCAUCUGAAACUUUCUUAUUGUUAUACCAUCCUGCAUUAACAGCAAUCACUCAAAACUUUCUAAAGAAAGCUGGUGAUCGGGUACAGCACCCUAAACAGGUGAUAUCAGACCGUGCAGUCAGAAGUGCAUACCUUCAAUAUUUAAGUAGUCAUUACAUGAGUGGAAUCACUGAUUUUCUACAAACCUUCAUCAAAAUGUCAUGAAAAUAUAUUUACACAAUAGGAGGGCUACUUACAUGGAAACAUCUUUUUACUCUCACAGAUGUUUUUUUCUAAUAUGCCAAUCAUUAAGAUUGAAAUAACAUAGAAAAAACUAUAUGCACCCUUGGAAAAAUGUUUGUGCACCUACUGAACUUCCUUGUAUCCAAUCUAAUAGAUACCAAAAAGAUGUUAUGCAAAAAUUAUUUGAUGUACAUUUUGUAUUCAGAAGUUUCAAACCUCUGGUUAAUGUACCAUAUUUUUCGGAAUAUAAGACGCACCUGUGUAUAAGAUGCACCCUUAUUUUGAAGACAAAGUUUUGGGGGAA